UCAAACCUCUGCAAGUGUCAAAGUGCGUGCGUAUGUACGUGCAAGUGAUGUGGGCGUGUAUCCGCUCGGCUCGGCUCCCCACCUCCUCCUCAAAUAUUCUCGCCUGCCGCCUCAACCAUUUCAUUCCUUCCUUCCGCGACCUUCCUCCCCAGUCCCCACCUCUCCUCGCACGCACGCACGCACACUUGCACCUUGCAAGGAACAGCCAGCUUUGGCGCGAGAGGAAACUCGAGUGGCGACUGCAUAGGAGUAGUUAGCUACUCCUCUGGUCCUGCGUGCACGUCAUGGCUCAGGAGGACGUCCACCUGGAUGACGCCGGCCUGGCGCUGGGCUUGUCCCUCGGUGGCGGCGCGUCUGAGGCGGCGCACCACAGUACUAGAGGUCGGCUGUCGUCGCCGCGUCCCCUGGAGCCGUCGCUGACGCUGAGCAUGCCGGACGAGGCGACCGCGACCGGGACUGGGACCGCGUCCGCCGCCGCCGGCGUCGGGGGCGGCGCGCACAGCGUGUCUUCGCUGUCGGUGGCGGGCGUGAAGAGGGAGCGCGUGGAGGAGGCGGAGGCCGAGAGGGCAUCCUCGACGGCCGCAGCGCGUGCCGGCGCCGGCACCGAGGACGACGAUGACGGGAGCACGCGGAAGAAGCUGAGGCUGACCAAGGAGCAGUCCGCGCUCCUCGAGGACCGCUUCAAGGAGCACAGCACCCUCAACCCGAAGCAGAAAGUCGCUUUGGCCAAGCAACUGAACCUCAGGCCAAGGCAGGUGGAGGUGUGGUUCCAAAACAGAAGAGCAAGCCGCGCGCGCAGGACGAAGCUGAAGCAGACGGAGGUGGACUGCGAGUUCCUCAAGCGCUGCUGCGAGACGCUCACCGAGGAGAACCGCCGCCUGCAGCGCGAGUUGCAGGAGCUCCGCGCCCUCAAGUUCGCCCCGCCCCCGCCGCCGCAAACCGCGACGGCCCCCGGCGCCGCGGCUGUGCCGGCGCCGCCGUUUUACAUGCAGCUUCCGGCCGCCACGCUCACCCUCUGCCCGUCCUGCGAGCGCCUGGGCGGCCCCGCCGCUGACAAGGCCGACCCCGACAGGCCCAAGGCGGCCGGCCCGGUCCGGACCACCCACCACUUCUUCAACCCCUUCACCCACUCCGCCGCCUGCUGAUCAUUUACGCCUGCAUGAUCAACAGCAGCAAGCAGAGCAACACCGUAGCUAAAAUACCACUCCACCUCACGUACGUCACAAGUAACAUAUGAUCCUCCUCCAGCUAUUUCUUGAUCUGGCGGGGUGGGAGUUAGGUUAUGUCCAUCAGCUAAUCAAUCAAUCAUAGGCUUGAUAGGGUAGUCAAAUAGCCGUAGCUCAACGGCUCAACCCAUCCAUGCACUUUUUUUUUUUUGAGGAAACAGGAGGAUCGUCUCUUACGGAUUAUAUAUAUUAAAUUAAAACAACAUCCAUGUACAUUUUUUGUGCAUGCAUGUAAUUCUGCCCCUCUCUGCUAGCACUCCGUUUAGAUAUUAAUAGCUUAUUUUCUUUCUUUUUUUGUUUCAAAGGUUUUUAAUCAUAAGAUGGAUGGUAAGUAGUGGUAGAAUUAGUGUAUGUCGAUCACUAGAUUAAGGUGCUUCUGGUCUUCUAACUAGAAUUAGUGUAUGUCGAUCACUACAUUAGUGUAUGUAGAUCACGAGCGGACGUGGAGUAUACUGAUGAGUACGUACUUAGCGUCAGACACAAUGUUGGAUGAUGGAUGGCAUGACAUGAGAGAGAGAGUGAGAGAGAGCUAGAGAAAUCCUGUUGUUGUUGUCUUGGCCCUGUCUUCAGGUGUACAUGUGUAUACUCCACUUUUUAUAUGCAUAUACGGCGGUUCAAUGA